ACGCCAAGAAAUGUCAAGUUUUUUAUGAGGCGCUGGGUGUUUAGUUUUAUCUUGUUUUAAAAGUCGAGUUUAAGACACAAUAAGUAUGGCUGCAGCAACACAGCAAAGACAGCAUUGUGGAGAAGUUUUUAUAACGAAUAACUACCUCAUGAUGGUGGAGUGCAAGUUUUGUUGUCAGCAAUACACCGCUUAUGACAAGUUCCUGAACCAUAUCUUCGAUCAACAUUUCGACGAAGUUGAUAAAUUUAAUGAAACCCAAGAUGAAUUGACGGAAUAUGACGACGAAAAUAUACUAAACUCAUUGGAUACAGGUGAAGAUGACAUACAACAGAAAUGUAUUAACUUGUUGGCAGAAUCUAAAGAGGCCCUUACAACAAAUGAGGUAAGCGAAAGAGGACAUUCUUCUGAAGUUAACCAGUUCGGAGAUACUGACGAAUUCGAAGGUGCCUAUGUGUCAACAGAAAUAACUUUGUGCCCAUCUAAAAUAAAAAGCCGAAAGGAAACUACUCAGACUAAACGAAAUACAAAGCCUGUGCAAAACUCUGAUGCGGACCCGACUAGCUCCAAAUAUCGACCAGUUUUUAUUAAAUCUCGCACGUUUCGGGAGGGAGAAGAUAGAAAAUUUAAAUGCAGGAUAUGUGGCCACACAUUUGCUCAAAUUACAAUUUUGAGAAAGCAUGAAAAAAGACAUUCGACAAGCAAACCUUUUCCUUGCACCAAAUGCAAU